AAGAAAGACGAAGAAGAAAAAGAUGAUGUGUCCAAACCCGCAAAAAUAAAUGUCUUUCUCUGUCGCUAUAUACUUUAAAUCCCUGUUUCUCUAGUUUGUAUUUGUAUGGUUCGGCUGGGGAACUCGAGAAGUGGUGUUUUUAAGAGGAUUUGAGCCGCACGUGUGAACCGGUGACAGUAGCGCGCUUCUCAAGUCAUUAACACGUGCGCACGCCGUUGAGAUUCAAAGACAAAAACUACAGCGAUGACGUCAGAGAAGCCGCCGUUGCCUGCGGAUGGCCAGCGGGACGAGUCUGAAGCAGGUUUAGAGGUGGAGCAGGUCGCGCUGGAAGCGGCCCGAGAUGGCUGGGACAGUAAGGUGGAAUACUUCCUCGCUCAGGUGGGAUUCAGUGUGGGAUUGGGAAACGUUUGGAGGUUCCCAUACCUUUGCCACCAGAACGGAGGAGGAGCGUUCAUCUUGCUGUAUGUGUUGUUGAUGGGGCUGGUCGGUGUGCCGUUGUUUUUUCUGGAGCUGGCGGCGGGUCAGAGCAUCAGACAGGGCAGCAUCGGCGUCUGGAGGCACAUUUCUCCGAAGCUUGUUGGUAUUGGCUACUCCAGCUGUGUGGUGUGUUUCUUUGUAGCUCUGUAUUAUAACGUCAUCAUUGGUUGGAGUAUUUUUUACUUGGGAAGUUCUUUCCAGUAUCCUCUACCAUGGGAAAACUGUCCGACAGAAGGGAACGACACCGUGAAGGAAUGUGCCGCCAGCUCUCCCACAGCGUAUUUCUGGUACCGUAAAGCUCUGGAUAUCACCGAUUCCAUUGAUGAAACCGGAGAGUUCAACCCCAUCAUCACUGGAUGUCUGCUGGCCGCUUGGGUCAUCGUUGGUCUGGCCAUGUACAAGGGCAUCAAAUCGACCGGCAAGGUGAUGUAUUUCUCCUCCGUGUUUCCGUACGUGGUGCUGCUGUGUUUCCUGAUCAGAGGGGUGACGCUGGACGGGGCGUCCGAGGGCAUUAAAUUCAUGUUUUACCCCAGGCUGGAGAUCUGGGCUGAUGUUCAGGUGUGGCGUCAGGCGGCGACUCAGGUCUUCUUCGCUCUGGGUUUGGGUUUCGGUUCUGUGAUCGCAUAUUCUUCUUACAACCCGCGGAACAACAACUGCCAUCGAGACGCGUUCACCGUGUCUGGCGUCAACUUCAUGACGUCUGUACUGGCCACUCUGGUGGUGUUUGCGGUGCUGGGCUUCAGAGCCAAAACCAUUGCCACAGAGUGUGUUAAACGUAACGUGAAGGCCGUGUUAGAAGCGAUGUCCAGCACUCCGCUCCCUGACCUCCUCAUCAAUGCAUCAGAUGUGGAGAGCAUCACAUUGAACGAGUAUGAGGACUGGUACAUGAUUCAGGGUCAGCAGCUGAAUAUCGCCGGUUACAACAUCACCGCCUGCAGCCUGGAGGACGAGCUGAAACAGGGUGUGGAGGGAACCGGUUUAGCGUUCAUAGCGUUCACUGAAGCCAUGACGCUGUUUCCUGGGAGUCCGUUCUGGUCGGCGCUGUUCUUCCUCAUGCUGCUCAAUCUGGGUUUGUCCACCAUGUUCGGCACCAUGGCUGGAAUACUGACCCCGCUGACGGACACCUUUAAGACCCUGCGUAACCACAAACUCCUCUUUACAGCAUGCAGCUGUGUGGUGGGCUUUCUGAUUGGUCUCACAUUCACUCAGCGCUGUGGAAACUACUUUGUGACAAUGUUUGAUGACUAUUCCGCCACACUUCCCCUCAUCAUCGUCGUCAUCUUUCAGACCAUCAGCGUGGCCUGGGUUUAUGGAGCAGACAGGUUUUUGGAGGACCUGAAGCGGAUGUUGGAUCGGCCGGUUCCUGUGGUGUACAAGUACUUGUGGAAAUACGUGUGUCCGGCUGCUAUGCUGGGGCUCUUGGGUGCCAGUCUGCUAAAGAUGAUCUUAGAGCGUCCCACAUACACCGCCUGGAACAGAGAAAAGGCAUCUAAAGAAAAUCUGCCUUAUCCUGACUGGGCUCUUGCUGUCCUGAGCGCGCUCAUCAUUGUCGCGUUUCUUCCUGUUCCUAUCGGAUACAUACAUUUCCUUCUCCUGGAACGUCUCGGCCAGUCUCCGGCAGACGCUGAGGCGGGAUACGUGCCGUGUGCCACCACAGACAUAGACCUGACCCCUCUCGGCACGUUACCUCCUUCAGGAGAUGACCCCAAUUCAUUUCCCCCUUUGCUUCAUGAAAACCAUGGCUCUUGUUUGCAGAAUGGCCACAUUGAACACUUCGAAUCAAGUAGUGAAUUAUGAGAAAAAACUAUGUUAGAGUUUACAAACAUCUGAAAAGGAUCUAUUUAAAUCAAGACUGUUUUAUUAUCGUACUUUCCUGUUGGGAACAAUCAUUUCUAUCUGUGCUUACCGGCACAAAAAUAACUGGUUUUGGGUGUUAGUUCAUCACAAAAAAGAAAACUGUAAUCAAUUUUACUCAAAACAUCACAGAUGAUCUGAUGAAACUGGCCAUUUGUACAGGGUGCUCUUUUCCAUUUAACGGUAGUUGAUAUCUGUUGAGCUCCGAAAUGAAUUUUGCAUUAUAUUCCAAGCCUUUGUGAAAGUCUUGGCUUCUCAAAUCUCAGUUUUACAUCUCCCUUUAAACCUGUUACAUGUGAAAACUCUUUAUAUGCGGCUGAUGACAGUUUCCAGUGAACUGUGGCUUUAAGUACAGCAUACAGGUGAACGCUGAACAACAAAGCAACACUAUAGUCACCCGUUACAACCGUCGAAUCAGUUGGUAACAGAUGGUUCUGCCUCUUCAGUCAUCUGACGAGGUUAUUUUCUCACGUUUUAUUUUCUUGUUCAUGGGUUUGACCCAUACGCCUGUUUCACACUGCAAGCCUGAGCUUCACUGCUACACAUUUCUUCACAAAAACAACUCUAAAUUUGUUUUUAGAGGUUGGUUCAGUUAUAAACUUGAAUGUUUUGAAAGUUUAUCGCGGGGAUUUUCGCAUGUAAAUGAUAAACAACAAAAACAGCUCCAAUCAUGUCGUUUCAGUCAUACUUCGAAAUAGAACGUGCUGCUUAAUGUUUUUUAAAUAUUACACCAUACUUGAACCCAACCUGAAUAAUUAAAAACAAGAUUAAAUGGGUAAGUCUUCUACA